AGGGUUGCGAGUGUCUGCGCGUCUUUGCGGAGCCUGUAGAGCAGCGGCUGCUUCUCUGGUCGCUUUCCCCCAGCCAGGAUCUUAUGCUGAGAGACAUUUCCUAAGUGCCUUGCUUGUGUCAACCUACAACUCUGACCUCCACAGCCUGGAAAGGAGCCACUGAUAGCUUGUGGAGGGGUGACCUGAGCCAGUUCAGUGUCUCCUUUGGUCCUAGGAACUUGGUCUCCAUGGCACACCGGCUGCAGAUGCGUCUGCUGACGUGGGACAUAAAGGAUACCCUGAUCAAGCUCCGCCGUCCUGUUGGGGAGGAAUAUGCCAGCAAGGCCCGGGCCCAUGGGCUUGUGGUGGAAGCCACAGCCCUGGAACAAGCCUUUGGGCAGGCAUACAGGGUUCACAGCCACAACUUUCCCAACUAUGGCCAGAGCUGUGGCCUUACCUCCCGUCAGUGGUGGGUGGACUUGAUCCUAAACACCUUCCACCUAGCAGGAGUCCCAGAUGCGCAGGCCGUUAUUCCCAUUGCUGAUCAGCUAUACAAAGACUUCAGCCGCCCCUCCACCUGGCAGGUGUUGGAGGGGGCUGAGACUACCCUGAAGGGGUGCCGUAAACGGGGUCUGAGGCUGGCUGUGAUCUCCAAUUUUGACCAACGACUAGAGGAUGUCCUGGUAGGCCUUGGCCUGUGGGAACAUUUUGAUUUUGUUUUGACUUCUGAGGCUGCGGGCUGUCCUAAACCUGACCCACGAAUUUUUCAUAAGGCCUUGCAAAUUGCUUGUGUAGAACCUGCAGUAUCAGCUCAUGUUGGGGAUAGUUACCUCUGUGAUUACCAGGGGGCUCGGGCUGUAGGCAUGCAAAGCUUCCUGCUGGCUGGCCCAGAGCCUUUGGACUCCUCAAUCAGAGACUCUGUACCCAAAGAACAUAUUCUGCCGUCCCUGUCCCAUCUCCUGCCUGCCCUUGACCUUCUGGAGGCCUCAAGCCCUAUGUCAUGAGUCUGAUGAGGGAAGUAGCUGGGACCAAAUAAAGAUUGGAAGCAAGGA